GAGAGCUGCUCUGAUUGAUUCUAUCAUUAAGACAAAUUAGUGCAAUCUACGCACUCAUUACAACUAUAUCGUUUCUAUAUAAAAUAUUAUUAUUACGUUCUGUUGUCACAAAUCCGUUCAUUCAUCGCAACAUCGUCUCAUCUUGUGGUCGCGUAGCGCACAGUCACUGACAGUCGAGUAACAGCAACGGCAGUAUAUCCAUCUACCUAUUCUACCUCAGCGGCAGCGACUCGCCGACGACUUCGCUUCGUUUUGUCGACCGGACGGUGGUAUUGGUUUCGCCGUCGCCGAGACUCGGGGAGCAUAAAAGUCACUGAUAUAAUAAUAAAACGAUGACUAACUGCUGCUGCUGCUGCUAGUCCGUGCACGUAAUCACCGUCGAAAUUAAUUAAAUUAUAUCGAUAAUAAUUAUUAUUGUCGUCGUGGUCGUUAUAUUAUAUUUUACUCGUAUACGCGUUUAAAUCGAAAAUCUGUUCAGUCGUCGACGAUCUCUCACGUCCGACCGUCGACCGCUAAUCUGUACAGCGGUCACGCCGGAUACAUAUUUUCCGGAAACCGGGACAACUGGACGAGAAAAGCAGCUACCGGCGACCGUGACAAUUGCGGCCAACAAAAGAAAAUCGCAGCAUUUCUGCUGCACCACCGUUAGCUGCAGUAGCGCACACAAAAAUCACCAUCACCACCAGCUGCUAAAGCUUUCGCAGUAUGAAACACACCGUAAGUUCGAAUGGCCGAGGCGGCGACGGCAACAACGGCAACGAUGGCGACGGCAACGUCGGAACUCAAGGGUGGCGUCAUGACAAGGGUGGAAAAAAGCAGCUGCCAUACGAUCCGUUUCAAAUGCGUGACAGCUCAAACUCGACCACUGCGACCGGUGCCUUGUUGCAUCUGAUAAAGAGCAGUCUCGGCUCCGGUGUCCUUGCCAUGCCGAACGCUUUCAAAAAUGGCGGACUUAUUUUUGGCCUUUUCGGAACGGCUGCCAUCGGGGCACUGUGCGCGCACUGCAUCUAUCUCUUGGUGCUGUGCUCACAAACACUAGCUCGUCGUACGCGUCGCCCGGCACUCGGGUUCGCCGACACCGCGUAUUUGGCAUUUAAGACUGGCCCGCACCGAUUUCGCGCCUGGGCUUCGUUCGCCAAAGGGUUCGUUAAUGGUGCACUGUUUUGCACAUAUUAUUUCGGUAACUGUGUGUACGUCAUACUCGUCUCAGCGUCAUUCAAACAGGUCGCAGACAACCACAUGCCUGAAGAGUAUCAUUACUCCAUUCGUACUUGGAUCUUAUGUCUCGCCUUACCGAUUCUUCCUCUCGGCAUCAUUCGUUCACUCCGAGUUUUAGUCCCCUUCUCAGCCGUGGCGACAACAUUCAUACUGGUCGGCUUAGGUUGCUCCAUGACGUGGGUGGUACUCGGUGUCAGUCCAUUUUCCAGCAAAGAAGCUGUGCUAGCAGCCGUACCACUACCAGAUAUGGCAUCUCGCCCAUGGGUUGGCACCAUUGCACACAUGCCACUGUUCUUUUCUACUGUUGUCUUUGCUAUGGAAGGCAUCGGCACCGUUCUGCCGAUUGAGAACUCAAUGCGUCAUCCAGAGCAUUUUCUCCGGGCCCGCCCAUGUGGAGUUUUGAAUGCCGCCAUGACUCUCGUCGUGUUUUUAUACUCUAUGGCUGGCUUCCUCGGAUACUUGCGUUUCGGCAAUACCACAGAAGGUUCGAUUACGCUCAAUCUUCCCAACGAUUUAUUUGCUGAAGCAGUUAAGAUCAUGGUCACACUGUCGAUACUAUUCUCAUAUGGCUUGCAGUUUUGCGUCCCCAGCGAGAUCGUUUGGUCUCGCUUAGGGCCCUGGCUACAUAAACGUAAAUUGAAUGCCAAAUAUUCCAUGUCUAAAACAGAUAAAGAAACUUCCACUGUAAGUACCAUUGCCGGCACCAUAGUGACCAUGACCACGGUUACUUCAACAAUGAAUACAACAAUCAACGAGAAGAAACAAACUGAAGAAGAGAUGGAUGAGCAAGAAUACCUCAUGAGCUGGGAGUACUACGUUAUGCGAGCUAUAAUGAUCCUGGGCACUUUUUGUAUUGCUGCUAUCGUACCCAACCUUGCCCCCAUCAUCUCUUUAUUUGGGGCAGUGUUCUUCUCCAUCCUGGGACUUUUGUGUCCGGCUGCAAUUCAUUUGGUUUUAUUUUGGAAUCAUAACAACGAUAAUGAUGAACUUAACGAGGACUCAGAUUCAGAAAACGAUUUAAGAUUUGACGGUGUCGACAACUAUGCGAUGUUUGAUGAUACGAAUGUAGAAUGUGGUGGUAGUACACAGCAACAACAGGAAUGGGGGAUGAGCAGUGAUGAAUUGGGUACCAGAAAGAAGGGUAUGAGCCGAUUGGUGGCUGCCAAAGACGUGGCUAUCAUUUUACUCGCUUUAUUUGCCAUGGUUUCUGGAGCAUAUGCAUCUUUAGUUGACAUAUUUCAGUCUUACGGAUCCAGUAAUAAAAUGCAAUCUAUGAAUUCUACCAUUGCAAUGAUAACGACUACUAUAGGCCCAGGGCCGGAAUCAGCGUUUCUUUUGACAAAAGAAAUAAAUUAAUCGAUAUUCAUAAACACCGCCGAUACACCGACCCAUAUUUUAAAUAACUUUUUAAAUCCGUGAAGAGAUGUUGUAAAAUCACUUACUCACCAUUUGAUAUAUUAUUAUGCCGACUAUUUGAGUGUUAUCAUUAUAAUUGAUUUCACUUUUAUAGUCUCAUCCUUAUGUACUUAAUAUACUUAGGACAUAAUUAUUAUAUCAUAAUUUUUUUUCCUAAAGGUCUAUUAUUGUCAUAAUAUAAUUGUUGUAGGUAGGUGUUGUUAUUGACUGAUACUGUCUGUCUUAGACCUAUUUAUUUUUAUUUUUAUUUAAAAUGUAUUAUUUCCUUCUUUUAUUUGAUCAACUCAACGUGUUGUUCUAUACAAGUGCGUUGAAAGCAAAAUGUACCACAUAAUUUUAAAUACAAUAGUAGGUACAUAUUUAUUAUUGUCAUUAUUACUUCUAAAUUAUUAUACUAUCUCACGUUUUCUCUGUCAUAUGUUACUAAUUUUAUAAGACAUUUUUAAAAAUUUAUUUUGCAUUUCAUCAAUUGCUACUUGUAAAAUAAUUGAAAUCAUAAUAAAUAUAUAUUUUUUAUGAAACGAUGAAAAUGCCAAAUGAUUGUACUGUUGGUAUUAUUUUUAAAAUAUUUUAUUUAUAUGUUUUUUUUUUUUUUGUUCGAAAUACAUAUUAAAUUAUUUUUUCAACAUAA